UGGAGUGUGAACCACACUUUAUGUAUGGCGUUAUGUCUUUAUUUUGCUUUGCUUAUGUAUAGUAUAAAGAUGUCUUGCACUGAUAACAAACAAUCUACAAAGUGUUUUGAAGCUCAAGGAAGGAAGUACAGAAAUGCUUAAUGCACCCUGUGCCUAACAACUCAGGCAUCUGAAUUAAAAAAAUAAACCUCACACAGAAAAAAAUAUAUUGGACUCUUUCACGGAGGAAGGAAAAUCCCAACCUAGCUGAAGUCAAACAAGCAGCUUUUAAAUACUUCAUUCUCAUCUUCAAAGAAAGCCAGCCAGCGCAAUGUCUCUGAUGUUUUCCUGCUCCAACAUCACAUCUGUCAGCAAAAAGGACAAAAGACUAAUGGCCGAGGUCAACGCCUCCCCUCUUAAGCACUUUGUCACUGCCAAGAAGAAGAUCAAUGGCAUCUUUGAACAGCUUGCUGCUUACAUUAAGGAAAGCUCCACUUUUCUAGAAGAAACUUACAAAAAUGAAGAGCUGGACCCAGUCACAACAGAGGAGCAAGUUUUAGAGGUGAAAGGGUUCUUGUCUAAUGUGGCAGGUAUUGCGGAGGUCUUAGCAAGACGGCACAUGAAAGUGGCUUUUUUUGGCAGGACAAGCAAUGGCAAAAGCUCAGUGAUUAAUGCAAUGUUAUGGGACAAAGUUCUCCCAUCUGGAAUUGGGCACACGACUAACUGCUUCCUGCGAGUGGAGGGGACAGAUGGAAGGGAAUCGUAUCUUCUGACAGAGGGUUCUGAAGAGAAAAAGAGCAUCAAAACAGUAAAUCAGCUGGCUCACGCCCUCCAUCAGGAUGAAAAUCUGAAUGCUGGCAGCUUAGUGUGUGUAAUGUGGCCAAAAGCAAAGUGUGCUUUGUUGAGAGAUGAUCUAGUUCUGGUUGACAGUCCUGGCAUUGAUGUAACUACAGAGCUAGAUAGCUGGAUUGAUAAAUUUUGUCUUGAUGCUGAUGUUUUUGUACUGGUGGCAAACUCUGAAUCAACACUGAUGCAGACGGAGAAACAGUUCUUCCACAAGGUGAAUGACCGCUUGUCCCGGCCAAAUAUCUUCAUCUUGAACAACAGAUGGGAUGCGUCAGCAUCAGAGCCAGAGUAUAUGGAUGAAGUGCGGCGGCAACACAUGGACCGUUGUAGUAGCUUCUUGGUGGAUGAGCUUGGUGUGGUGGACAGAGCUCAAGCCAGUGAUCGAAUCUUCUUUGUGUCGGCAAAAGAGGUACUGCAGGCAAGGAUUCAGAAAGCACAAGGGAUGCCAGAAGCAGGUGGUGCAUUAGCUGAAGGCUUUCAAGCAAGAAUGUUUGAAUUUCAAAACUUUGAAAGAAGAUUUGAGGAAUGCAUUUCACAAUCGGCCGUAAAGACAAAGUUUGAGCAGCAUACUGUGAGGGCCAAGCAAAUAUCUGAAGCCUUGAGGCAGAUAAUGGAAUCGGUUCAUGUGGCUGCACAAGAUCAGAGUGCUCACUGCCUUGAAAUGAAAGAGGAGCGUCAGGAUCGUUUAGAGUUUCUAGAUAAACAGCUAGAUUUGCUGGCCCAAGAUUAUAAGAGGAAAAUUAAGCAAAUCACUGAGGAGGUGGAGAAACAGGUCUCCAAUGCAAUGGCAGAAGAAAUUAGACGGCUUCAUGUUUUAGUUGAUGAAUUCCAUAUGGAUUUUCAUUCUUCACAAGUGGUUCUCAAAGUGUACAAAAAUGAGUUACAUAAGCACAUUGAAGAAGGCUUAGGUCGUAAUAUGUCUGACCGCUGUUCCAAUGCUAUCACUUCAGCUUUGCAGAACACUCAGAAAGACAUGAUAGAUGGAAUGAAACCUCUUCUUCCAGCAAAUGUGUGGACUCAGGUGGAUAUGCUAGUUCCUCGGAAGUGUUUCAGCCUCAGCUAUGACCUAAACUGUGAUAAACUGUGCAGUGAUUUCCAAGAGGAUAUCAGCUUCCAUUUUUCCUUGGGUUGGACCAUGCUGGUGAAUAGAUUCCUAGGGCCAAAGAGCAGUCGGAGAGCACUCUUGGGGUACAAUGACCAGGUACCCCGUUCUCUUGCUAUCACACCUGUUAGUGCCAGCAUGCCUCCAUUCCCUCAAGGUUCAAUGACACAAGAGGAACUGAUGGUGUCCAUGGUAACUGGUCUGGCAUCACUAACCUCCCGAACAUCUAUGGGAAUAAUUGUGGUUGGAGGAGUAAUCUGGAAGGCAGUGGGCUGGAGACUAAUUGCUCUAUCUGUUGGAUUGUACGGUCUCCUUUAUGUUUAUGAGCGCCUCACAUGGACUACGAAAGCCAAGGAGCGAGCCUUCAAGCGCCAAUUUGUAGAUUAUGCAACAGAGAAGCUGCAGCUUAUUGUUAGCUAUACUGGCUCAAACUGUAGCCACCAGGUCCAGCAAGAGCUUGCAGGAACCUUCUGUCAGCUCUGCCAGCAAGUGGAUGUGACCCGGCAGAACCUGGAUGAUGAAAUCAAGGAUCUAAAUAAGAAGAUUGAAUUGCUGGACUCCUUGCAAAGCAAAGCCAAAUUGCUCAGGAACAAAGCUGGUUGGCUGGAUAGCGAGCUCAAUAUGUUUACCCAGCAGUAUCUGCAUCAGGGCCGCUAGUCACUCAAGAAAUGACACUGGUUGUAUGAUCUAGAAAAACACUACAUGACAUUAAUUUGUGAGAGUUGCAGUAAAACUCUUGACUCUGUUUCCCUUUUUGAGACUGCCUCGCAGACCUCUACUUGUUUGCUUUUUUUUUUUUAAUAUUGCACACAUUAACUAAUAUGAAGCAGCUGUAAGGCAUUUUCUGCACUACAUUUCUAUAAUGUUUUUCUUGCAGUUCUGCUGUGAUUCACUUGGCACACCUUCAUAUAGUGAAUUUUGUUUCAUAUAUUGUGCUGCUUUUUCUGAUGAAUGCCUCUGCAUGCAGAGAAACUCUCAAACUGGGAGAAGUGCAGUGCGUGUAGGAAGGGAGAAAAGAGCUAAAUAACAAACCACUGAAGAUAUUUUUAUAAGGUUAGUAACUCUCAAAGUAUUGCAUUUGUGCUAAAAUAUAAAGUUCCUAAUCAAGUUGCCAUACCCUUAUGAGACUCUAGAGGUAUGUCUUUUCCAUGCUGCUAAAAGUAUGUUUAAUGAACAUUAAAGAAAACCCUCAGAAACAAUGCACUUUAUGUAUCUUUGCUGUUUAAUUUAUUAUUCCUCAAACUUUUUUAUGGUUUUCCCAAUAAAAAAAAACUUUUCCAGUUCUUUCAAAAUGCAAGUCUCUGCAUGAAUUGAUAACAAUACACGCCCAGUGUCUUUUUAAUAGAUUAAUAAAGCCAAAAUUUAAAAA